CCCGUGGAGGUCGGUCCUCAGGUCCUCUCCGGGCUGCCGCUCCGCGCCGCUCUGGGGGAGACCCGGGCAGGAGCCCAAGGGCAGCUACGGGGCCGCGGAGGCCGCGGGCGCCGCGGAGGCCAGCCCUACCCGAUUGGAUUCCCCCAAACAGGUUCCACUGGCUUAAGGAUGACAGUCCCAGGGCAGCCGCGGAGUUGGAGCUGCCAGUGGUUGCCAGUCCUGAUACUGCUGCUGGGCUCAGGUUAUGAGCCAGGGGUGGAAGGUGUGACACACUACAAGGCCGGUGACCCCGUCAUUCUCUACGUCAACAAAGUGGGACCCUACCACAACCCUCAGGAGACUUACCACUACUAUCAGCUUCCGGUCUGCUGCCCUGAGAAGAUCCGUCACAAAAGCCUUAGCCUGGGUGAAGUGCUGGAUGGGGACCGAAUGGCCGAGUCUUUGUAUGAGAUACGCUUUCGGGAGAAUGUGGAGAAGAGAAUUCUGUGCCACAUGCAGCUCAAUUCUGCACAGGUGGAACAACUUCGCCAGGCCAUUGAGGAACUGUACUACUUCGAAUUUGUAGUGGACGACUUGCCAAUCCGUGGCUUUGUGGGCUACAUGGAGGAGAGUGGCUUCCUGCCUCACAGCCACAAAAUAGGGCUCUGGACCCAUUUGGACUUCCAUCUAGAAUUCCAUGGAGAUCGAAUUAUAUUUGCCAAUGUCUCAGUGCGGGACGUCAAGCCCCACAGCUUAGAUGGGUUACGACCCGAUGAGUUCCUAGGCCUCACCCACACAUACAGUGUGCGUUGGUCUGAGACUUCAGUGGAACGUCGGAGUGACAGGCGCCGUGGUGAUGAUGGUGGUUUCUUUCCGAGAACACUGGAAAUCCACUGGUUGUCCAUCAUCAAUUCCAUGGUGCUUGUGUUUUUACUGGUGGGUUUUGUGGCUGUCAUUCUCAUGCGUGUGCUUCGAAACGACCUGGCUCGAUACAACUUGGAUGAGGAGACUACGUCUGCAGGUUCUGGUGAUGACUUUGACCAAGGUGACAAUGGCUGGAAAAUUAUCCAUACAGAUGUCUUCCGCUUCCCUCCAUACCGUGGUCUGCUCUGUGCUGUGCUUGGUGUGGGUGCCCAGUUCCUGGCCCUUGGCACUGGCAUUAUUGUCAUGGCGCUGCUGGGCAUGUUCAAUGUGCACCGUCAUGGGGCCAUUAACUCGGCAGCCAUCUUGUUGUAUGCCCUGACCUGCUGCAUCUCUGGCUACGUGUCCAGCCACUUCUACCGGCAGAUUGGAGGCGAGCGUUGGGUGUGGAACAUCAUUCUUACCACCAGCCUCUUCUCUGUGCCUUUCUUCCUGACGUGGAGUGUGGUGAACUCGGUGCAUUGGGCUAAUGGUUCGACACAGGCUCUGCCAGCCACCACCAUACUGCUGCUGCUGACAGUUUGGCUGCUGGUGGGCUUUCCCCUCACGGUCAUCGGAGGCAUCUUCGGGAAGAACAAUGCUAGCCCCUUUGACGCACCUUGUCGCACCAAGAACAUCGCCCGGGAAAUCCCACCCCAGCCAUGGUACAAAUCUACACUCAUCCACAUGACUGUUGGAGGCUUCCUGCCUUUCAGUGCCAUCUCUGUGGAGCUCUACUACAUCUUUGCCACAGUCUGGGGUCGGGAACAGUACACUCUGUAUGGCAUCCUCUUCUUUGUCUUCGCCAUCCUGCUGAGCGUGGGGGCAUGCAUCUCCAUUGCGCUCACCUACUUCCAGUUGUCUGGGGAGGAUUACCGCUGGUGGUGGCGAUCUGUGCUGAGUGUUGGCUCCACUGGGCUCUUCAUCUUCCUCUACUCCGUUUUCUACUAUGCCCGGCGCUCCAACAUGUCAGGGGCGGUACAGACAGUAGAGUUUUUUGGCUACUCCUUACUCACUGGUUAUGUCUUCUUCCUCAUGCUAGGCACCAUCUCCUUUUUUUCUUCCCUAAAGUUCAUCCGUUAUAUCUAUGUUAACCUCAAGAUGGACUGAGUUUUGAGUGACAAAAUUAUUGCUCUUCUCUCCCAUUCUUCACGUCCAGAGGCCCACUGAUCUUUCUUACCAACGUCUCUUCUAAUUGACUGAAUUGUGUGAUGGCAUUGUUGCCUUCCCCUUUGCCCUUUGGGCCUCCUUUCCCCCGGAGAGCCUGAAAAUUACAAAUCUCUAUUAUAUAAGGAGUAUAUAUUUGAACUUUUUAAGUUGCCUUUAGUUUUCGUCCUGAUUUUUCUUUUUACAAUUAUCAAAAUAAAAUUUAUUAAGAAAAAGGA